AUGCCAAGACGCACACAUGUUAGUUCAGGUGCAAGUGGAAGUGAUAAUGCCGGUACCAGCAAUAAUAACAAUGAAGCUACUAAUCCCGAAAGUGUGACGGUAGAUGAUAGAGCACCAUUGUGGAUGUUUGUUAAGAAGAUUUCUAAGUACGAGACUGGAGGAAGUUGGAGGUGGCAAUGCAACUUCUAUAAGUUGUAUUAUAAUGGGUCUCACACUAGAGUGGAAAAACAUCUAUUGAAGAAAGGAGGAAAAGGGAUUACCAUUUGUACAAAAGUUAACCCCCAAGCUACUGCUCAGAUUAGAAAAUUGUUUAAGGAUUGCAAAGAGAGAAUAGCAAAUAGAGCAGCAAGGCCUGUUCCUUUACCAUUAUCAACAAGCCAAGGGAGUUCAGCAACUCGUGGCAGCUAUUCUUUGAGUUAUGGUGACUACACAGCACCAACAAGUGAAGGGAAGAAAAGAAGGGCAGCAGGUGGUCCACUUGAAAAGGCAUUCCAAAAUGCAGCAAGGGAGGAAUGUCAUGACGAGAUUGCUAGGAUGUUUUACACCGGUGGUUUAUCCUUCAAUCUAGCAAGAAAUCCAUACUACCGGAACUCCUAUAUGAGAGCUUCUACUCUUCCGGGCUAUGUUCCACCGGGUUACAAUGCUCUAAGGACAACACUUCUUGUGAAGGAACGGAAGAAUCUUGAGUAUCAAUUGGAACCAUUGAAGCUUACAUGGAGAGAUAAGGGUGUAAGCAGUUGUAGUGAUGGUUGGUCCGAUCCACAAAGAAAACCUUUGAUUAAUGUGAUGGCUAUUUGUGAGAGUGGUCCGAUGAUGUUAAAUGCUGUAAAUUGUGAAGGAGAAUACAAGGAUUUUAAUUUCAUUUCCGAAUUGCGUACUGAAUCUAUCAAACAAGUUUGUUAUCAAAAUGUAGUGCAAGUGGUUACCGAUAAUGCUCCCGUUUAUGCAAAAGCUGGUGCUCUAAUAGCAAGUAAGUAUUCUACAAUCUUUUGGACUCCAUGUGUUGUUCAUACUUUGAAUCUUGCUCUCAAGAAUAUUUACACCCCUUCUCAUGCUGCGAACAAUGUGGAUGUGUAUGCUAAAUGUUCUUGGAUACAACCGGUGGUGGAGGAUGUUAUGUUUAUUAAGAACUUUAUUAUGAAUCAUGGAAUGAGAUUGGUUAUGUUUAAUGAUCAUUGUAAUUUGAAGUUGCUUUCGGUUGCUCCCACAAGGUUUGCAUCUGCGGUUAUUAUGUUAAAGAGGUUUAAGACAAUCAAGAAUGGUUUGCAACAAAUGGUUAUUAGUACAAAAUGGGAUGAUUACAAAGAAGAUGACUCUAGGAAAGCGGGUAGGGUGAAGGAAAUAUUGUUGGAUGAUUUUAUGUGGGAUAAUAUUUAA